GGCACGUUGGCCACGUGCUGUUGGCUUCAAUUUCCCAGACUCAGAUUGACAAGAAUGACGGUGGGUGACGAUGAACUGUGAACUUGACUUGAGCUUGAAGCUUGACUGGCUGCGAGCCUGCGACGGGUGCAUCGCCUUCAAAUUCAAAUUACGACCUCACUCAGUGACUGGGACGCCUUCUCUGCCAGAAACCACCAUGUCUACAGACGAGCUAGCGGAAAUCGAUGGUAUCAAGCCCAAUGUGAAUCUCGUAGAUGGUGAAGAAACCGAAGUAAAGUCAAAGUCGAGUAAGGGGAUUUACAAGGUCAAGAGAACUUUCGACCAUUAUUAUUGUACCUGUCCAGCAUGGAGGAACCAGGCAGGGAAUCCUGUCAAUGCACGCAGCUGCAAGCACCUUCAAUCACUCUUAGGAGAGGACUAUGAAGCAGCUCGUAUCAAAUUGAAAAAUCCAGAUGGUCAAUCACGGAAAGGUGCGACCAGCAAAAAACCUGCGAGCAAGGUUCGCGGAGGCGCUAAACGCCAGAAAGUCGAGGAAGAAGACAAGGAGGAGGAUAAAGUCGAGAAGAAGCCUAAAAGUAAAGGCAAAGCUCGUGCGACUGUGAAAGCCAAGGAAGACAAUGACGAGGAGGAGAUGGAAGAAAACAACGACUCUGAGAAGAAGCCUAGGAGUAAAGGCAAAGCCCGUGCACCCGCUAAGCGCAAGAAAGAUAAAGCGGAAGAAAAGGAAGAGCAAGAGGACGAGCUUCAGGGAAAACCACGCAGUAGGGGUGGUGCUUCCGCAAAACGCAACAAAGGUGAGGGAGACGAGGAAGAAGGAGACGAGGAGCAACCCAAAGCUCGUGGACGGGCACCCGUCAAACGCCAGAAGAAGGAAGAAAAGGAUGGCGAAGCCGAGAAGCCCAAGAAUAAGGGUAAGGGCCGGGAGCCAGCAGAACAACGGGAGGAUAAGGAACAUGGCGGUGAGGAUGACCAGGUGAAUGAGACCGCGGAGGUCGGUAACGACGAAACCAAGGCUCAAAAUGACAUGGAUAUUAACAACGCUGAACAUGACGAGCUUGCCAACUUUGACGGAAUCAAACCCAAGGUCAUGCUUGCAGAUGGCGAAGAGACCGAGAUUAAAUCACAGAACAGUAAAUCCACCUAUAAGGUGAAACGUACCGGCGACCAUUACUACUGCAAUUGUCCGGCCUGGAGAAACCAGAGCAAAAAACCCGUCAAUGCACGAACUUGUAAACAUUUACAGACACUUCUCGGGGAAGUCUACGAGGAAGCCCGCAUCAAGUUUAAGGCCUCCAAUCCUGAGCCUGCGAAAGCACCUCCUUCCAAGAAACCAGCUUCAAAAUUAUCAUCGAAACCUACAUCCACAAAGGCUCAAGGAAAGCCCCAGUCCAAGCCCCAAAGCGCCAGCAAAGGAAAGCGCAAAAGGGAGGAGGAGGAGGAGGAGGAGGAGGAGGAGGAAGGAGAAGGAGAGGAAAUGGAGGAAAGCGAGACAGAUGAACUAAUGGACACCGGGGACGAUAAGGUUGCGAGCAACUCCGACGAACUCGCAGAAAUCAAUGGUAUCAAGCCCAACGUUCUGUUAGCAGACGGAGGAGAACGAGAGGUUCAGUCUCAGACCAGUAAUUCUGUAUACAAAAUCAAACGGACGUGGGAUCACUAUUACUGCACUUGUCCCGCUUGGCGCAACCAGGGUGGUGUUCCGGUAAAUGCUCGAACAUGCAAACACCUCCAAUCUCUGCUCGGAGACAAGUAUGAAGCAGCCCGUAUUCAGCUCAAAAAUCCCGAUGGACCUCAACCUGGGUCGUCUCGGCCCAAACGGGCAAAGAAAGCCAAGGAUGAUAAUGGAACGACGGCAGUUCAAACACCUCAGGUUCUGCUCGCAAACAAGUGGGAUCUGGAGAAGGGUAUUGACCCCACCGGUUGGUGGAUCUCUGAGAAACUGGAUGGCGUUAGGACGUACUACGAUGGGAAACGCAUGUUGAGCCGCUUAGGGAAUCCCUUCACACCUCCGCAGUGGUUUUUGGACAAACUCCCAAAGGAUGUCACGCUGGAUGGUGAAUUGUUCGGUGGACGACGCGAGUUUCAGUCAACGGUCUCCGUUGUAAAGACGGUCAAUUCUCCUCACUGGAAGAACAUCACAUUCCAGGUCUUCGACAUUCCUUCUCAUGGAAACAAGCCUUUCGAAGCACGCAUCAAGCUUUUGAAGGACCUCUUCGGAGAAAAUGGUUCGCACGCGUCGGAACAUGUCGUCGUUGUGGAACAUGAACAGGCAAAAGGUCGGGAUCAUGUUUUGGAGAAGCUGAAGGAGAUCGAGUCACUAGGUGGUGAGGGACUAAUGUUGAGGAAACCCAAAUCCCAAUACGAAGGACAUCGUUCAAGCACUCUCCUGAAGGUCAAGACGUUCUAUGACGCUGAAGCCAUAGUCACCGGUUAUGCAGCUGGCCAUGGAAAGAACGCUAAUGUUACAGGUGCUCUCAAGUGCGGAAUGGAGUCCGGAAAGACGUUCAAUGUCGGGAGUGGUCUCACCGAUAAACAGCGAAAAGAUCCGCCCAAGGUCGGAGCGAUAAUAACUUAUCGCUUCCAAGAAUUAACGAAGGACGGUGUUCCAAGGUUCCCGACUUUCGUUGGCGAGGCUGUGGAUAAGAAGAAACCAAAGGAUGCGGAGGUACCCGAGCACCGCAAGGCAGCUGUGAAGAAGUCCUCCGAUGACGAGUGAGAGCAUCAAUGGGGCCAAAUUUCUGCUUAUUACGAUCAUAAAAAUAUGUAUAGUAUCGGUCUGGUUCGUGCCUCGAGGUCUGUAUGUAGGAACGAUUAUCGAAGAUUCGAUCUUUUUUAGGGCA